GUUCGAAAGGUGGACAUGCUUGAAGGAGUGACCAUUAUCAGGUCUGAAAAGGUCAAGGAUGAGCUAAUCCUUGAUGGAAAUGAUAUCGAGCUAGUCUCUCGCUCUGCCGCCUUAAUUAAUCAGAAAUGCCAUGUGAAGAACAAGGAUAUCAGAAAGUUUCUUGAUGGUAUAUAUGUGAGUGAGAAGGGAAGCAUCACUGAUGACCAGUAGAUCUCAUUGAACUCUAUAUUUGUGUUUUAUUUCACUUUAGAGGGAGCUGUUUAAGAAUUGACUUCUAGCAUUAUGUUGUCAGUGAAAUUUUGUUGUUUAUGUUUGGUACUUUGGUUGAUUUCUACUCUUUGUUUUGUUAAAUGAUUGCUUGAAUGGACAUUGUUUUUUAUUCUA